AAUGUUAAUUCAUUGACUCCAGCAGAUUACCUGCUUACUUGCGAAGUCAUGCAUAUUUUUUUCAGUUUUUUUUUUGUGUGUGCGAAAGUGCGGUCCGUGGUGGUUGUAGAGAAUGUGCUGAGUUUUUCACCGCAUGUAUGUACUUUUUCUCGGCCAUUUGCGUUAAUUCUCGAACUGCGCGCGGAGGCAUUGUCGACUGAAGUCUUUAUAUGAUGGUUCAACUUUAUCUUAACUAAAGACUAAUGAGAUGGAUAAUGAUCAGUCUUAAUGUAGUGUUUUUUUUUUAGUUUUCUGCCACACGCAGUCAUAAGUCUCUGACAUGACUAGCACAAGCCGCUUCGAUGCCGUUUACCGGACAGCCUUAUUAUCGAAAUACUUCAUCAAAGGUUGGGGUAAGCCAGACAAUCUUAAAAGGUUAUUCGACUUUAAGAAGAAGAUGACGGCUCGUGAAACAUGCAGCCAACUUGUACCUCAUGAUUACCCAGUCAUGAUCGACAAGAUUGAAGACCACUCAAAUUACCGCAUCUUAGAGGGCCACCUUGUUAGUCCUUUAGUUCAAUACCUGCCUGAGUGUGUGCCAAAGGAAUCGCAUAAAGCUUGGUUCCAAGUCCUCUUGCCAAAAAGAUGGGUAACUGACCCACUGAGACCUGUUUGCAUACACCUUGCUGGAACAGGCGACCACUAUUUCUGGAGAAGAAGAACUUUGACAUGCAGGCCUCUGCUAAAGGAAAAUGGUAUUGCUUCUAUAAUACUGGAAAACCCUUUUUAUGGUCUAAGAAAACCCAAGGACCAAGUGCGGUCAAAUUUGCAUUGUGUGUCUGACAUCUUCGUCAUGGGUGGCUGCCUUGUGCUCGAGUCAAUGGCCCUGCUUCACUGGUGUGAACGGGAGGGCUUUGGACCCCUUGGCAUCACAGGCAUUUCUAUGGGUGGCCAUAUGGCAUCCCUUGCUGGGGCUAAUUGGUACAAACCCAUAGGCAUCAUUCCCUGCCUUAGUUGGACGACAGCAUCGUGUGUUUUUACACAGGGUGUCAUGAGUGGUGCAAUUCCAUGGGAGCUUCUACAGAGCCAGUACUUUUCGGACCACGUUUUCCGAGAAGAGAUUGAACAACUCAUCCACACUCCCGAGCAGAAUGCAGCAUUCAAGGCUGGCCAGAAGUUUGCUCGUGACUUCUCAUGCAGCAUGGAGAGCUACAACGACGUCUCACUGGCGCUGCAGUCGAGCCCUGAUGUGCGCCCAGCGGAAGCGCUUAAUUUCAUGCGAGGCAUCAUGGACGAGUGCACGCAUCUGGAGAACUUUUCGCGACCUGUAGAUACCAGCCUCGCUGUAUGUGUGACAGCCACCAGGGAUGCGUACGUGCUUCGUGAAGGGCUGAAACCUCUGCCCGAAAUCUGGCCUGGUUGUGAGGUUCGCUUCGUCGACUUUGGCCAUGUGGCUGCAUUUCUGUUUAGCCAGCACGUUUUCAGAAAAGCCAUGGUCGACUCCCUGGAGAAGACAAGCUUAAAGUACUACGGACGGUCACUCUUUGAGAGGAAAGAGGAUGCUCCCAUAGAAACACGUACAACUGCACUGCAUGCCGAAGAGACGAAUCAAAGGGCCACAAAGUCUGAAGCCUAGUUUUGAUCUCAUAGUGGUGCGGCUAGAAUAGACCUGCUGUAUAUUGUGCAGUCACUGCAUUGAAGUUUUUAUACCGUCUGAUAACCACAGCCUUUCACAUGAUUGUAAACAUAAAUUGUGUAUGAAAAGCCACUUGGUCACGAAGAUUUUGCCGCUUGUUAGUUCAUUUUGGAGCAUUAAUGAGCUGAUAACAAUGAUUACCAAAGCUGAAUUUUUGUCAUGAAGCCAAGAACUUUCAUGCAGUUAUUGCAAACCAUUUUAAAGUGUUCAAGCUUGAUGUUAUCUUGUACAUAACAGAUCAUGUAAAUACAAUACAGUGCAGUCCACUUGCAACAAUAUCAAGAACGAAAAAUUCUAUCGUUAUAACCGAUCAUUGCUAUAUAUGGACUGUCAUAAAAAAAAACACUGCCGAACACGCCUUUGUAGUUCCAAAACCAAAUUUGCCACUUAUGCAAAACAAUAGACGUUGUAGAAAGCAGGCUUUGAAAGAUGCGUUUUAUUUAUACCUCUAGACAGCAUUAGGCAGGCUAAAAUAGUCAGAAAUCUGCUCUUGCUCUCGCGGCAGUUUCAGGUUCACAACCACGGUGUGCAUCUUGUCCGGCUGUUGCACGAGCACUGGUGGCAGUAAUUUAGAGUGCUUGAAAUCAGAACGACUUGAUCAGAACGGAAUCAGAACAGUGCACAUAACAGUCAAGGAUGGGCGAUUGUCAAUCUCGAUGUCACUGCCGCGGUUGUCGUCACAACAACGAUCGCUUUGUCGGAGAUCACUUUGCAGGAGGAGUUGCCACUAUCAGCCCUCAGAAUCGCGCACCCUUGCAAAUCUCUUGGUGGCUUUCGCACUUGGCGCGCGGGCGGGUGAUGGAAUGCGCUACGCAGUAAUGGAGGCACGAACUUACGUAGGCAAAUUUUUCACCCCAUCUCGACUUUGUUCAUUUAAAGAAAACAAAGGAACACAAAUGUCACGAUUACUGUAUUUACUGUAUUCUAACGUGCACCCAUUUUUCGUGACCAAAAGAAAGAAGAAAAAAAACACCCUCGAUCGUAACGCGCAUCUGUUUACUAUGACCUAAAGAAAGAAAAGUCCUUUACAGUACCAUGCAUCUCAUUCUUUCAUACAGAAAUACAACUUUAUCUCAUUUGGAAAAAAACUCAGAUUUACUCCCAGUGCACUAAAGUUGCGAUAAAUAAAAGAAGUCACAGUUCCACCCGAAAGGCAAAGCAUCGAUUAUGAUAGCAAAUUAGUAGACAGCUAUACAAAAAGUAAGGAUAGUAGUUUUAUUGGCCAUAUGUGCUUUUAAACAUUCUCUUACUAACUAAAUUAACAAGCAUGGUGUCACGCGUGCACAAGCGCACAACAUGGACACGUCUCACUCAUUGACCGCAGAAACUCUAUCAAAACGCUGGAGUUAGGAAGUGCAGUAGCAGGAGCGAGCAAAUUGACCUUUGUGCAGCCUCUCGCUUCAACACGAACUAAGGGAUGCGAACACGGCGCAGUGCGCAGACUGUCUCUGUCGCAGAUCACUUUCAAGAUAGGGGCCGCGCCAUAUGUACCAGGCGCUAGGGUCACCGUAUAUGCCUCCCGCAGGGAUAUGGCUCCCUGCUAGAGUUGCUAUUCAAGCAGCUGCUGGUGUAAAAACGCCUCUCUUGUUUCUGCCAGUCCCGCACGCGGCUUUCUGGAGCUCCAAAUGCCCGUAAUGCGGCCCGAUUUCCAUCCGUCUCCAUACAUGUGAUCGCUUUCCUUUUAAUUGUGGCAUUGUGAUCAACUUGGCAUGUCUUUGUAGUUGGCACUUCCAUGCUGAUAGAGCAAACACAGAAAACGGGAAGACCGGGUAGACUGACGGUGCAAUAAGCUAAGCCAAAGGAGGCAUUGCCUUAGCACAUGUACUACUGCACAUGGAGGAAGCUACAGCUGCUAGGCUCGAAGCGCGUACGAGGCAGCCAUUCUGAAAUGCCGAUGGCGAUGUGGUAAUGCAGGUUUAGGAUUGCACUCGAUUUUAACGCACAAGCAAUUUUUUGACCCGUUUUAUUGGGAAAAAAGUACACGUUAGAUUCAAGCAAACGCGGUAUUCUGCAUGGAAAAGGCCAUCCAGAAGUGCAGUGAACAACAUACCGUAUUUACUUGCAUAAUGAUCACACUUUUCUGUCAACAAGAAAUUCAUGCUAAUUCAGGGGUGCGAUCAUUACGCGGGUUAAAUUUCCCGAAAAUGUUUCUAUUAUUUUUUUAUUAUUAUUAUUAUUUUUUUUUUUUUUCAUUUUGCGUUUGCUGCGGAAUGACAACAGGUCCGCAAAUAGGCGGCUGCCGCUGUAUGUAGUGCGGGACACCGAAACAAAAAUGGCGGCCAGCGGAGCAAGCCGAACGCUAUUUUUUUCUCUCGUGAGUGCAUUACAUGCAUUGAAACAGUUUCUUCCGUAUCUGUAAUGAAUAAUAUUGUUAAUAUCGGCAAGUUUGAGGCAACAACGUAGCCAUGUCCACUUUGAGGGGACAGAAACAGAUGGGCGCGCUUAGCUGCCAGUGACAUAGAAACGCAUAGCAGGCAUGCUGUGUAAACUGGGGAAUUUGUCUUCACUACUAUCUUAAUACGGCACGUUUCUGCUAAGGGUGGGUGAAUAUCUUAGCUGUGUUACAAGCGUCAGCGUAUGAACAGGGUACACUUCUAACAUAUCAGUGUAAACAAGGCUGUCAUCGUUGCCGCUCACGGUUUGUUGCGUGCCCACGAGUGCCGCCGAGAAGAAUCGAAAGGCGCCUUUUUUGUUGUUGUUGAUCAUCACCAUUAUAAAGCCUACACAUAAUAAAGGCAAGUGUGGUUGUAGUUCCCUCUCUCUUUUUCUUUCUUUUUUUUUUCUUUUUGUCAUGGAAGUGCGGAAAGUGAUGAAAGGAAUGAAAUGGGGCAUCUGCUUAAGAAUGUUCUGUGCAUGCAGACCGCUUGGUUUGUCUUGAAGAGUCGUUCGCGUAGCAUUCGACAGAUGGUAAGCGCAAUCAUUAUUAGCUAGAUUUGGCACACGGCAUAUCGCUGUGGCAAGUUCGGGGUGCGAUCAUUACACGGAAAAUAAAAAAAAUUGAAUUUUGAUGACAAAAUUCAGGGGUGCAAUCAUUACGCGAGUGCGAUGAUUAUGCGAGUAAAUACGGUAUUGUCAUUAUUGGUUUUUUUUUUUCCUCGUAGCUCUAAUGCAUUAGUUGAUACUCUUUAAGUCGGCUCAUCGUUAUAACCACUAUAUCAUAUCUGGUGCCAUUAUAAGUGGACUGCACUAGAAUAAUGUUGCUGCCAAUAAACAUAAUAUUUGUACAUACAAAGGAGCAACUGUCUGUUGUUUUUUAGUGCCAUCUGUGUUUUUUUAUGGAGCUUGGCUUAGUGCAUGCCACUUGAGAGCUUGAGAGUAUGCUUAUACAUUUGAAAUGCUGUUUUAGCUAUAAGUUAAAAUGAACUAGAGUGUACCCGCAACCUGUGUGAGUAGGCCUUUCAUUGUUACUGUAGAACUGAUGUUUUUGAAAAAUAAAAGAACUUUACAUUUUCAGUUCAAGAAA